AUGAGUUCAUUGAUUUCUACUCAACUUCUUCAUCAACAAAGUUGGAAGGUAAUGGCUCCAAAGCAGCCAAACACUGGUCUGUUUGUUGGUUUGAACAAGGGCCAUGUUGUGACCCCAAAGGAACUGGCUCCCCGCCCCUCUGCUAGAAAAGGCAAAACGAGCAAGAGAGUGCAUUUUGCAAGGAGCCUUAUCAGGGAAGUUGCUGGAUUUGCACCAUAUGAGAAAAGGAUUACUGAGCUUUUGAAAGUUGGAAAGGACAAACGUGCUUUGAAGGUCGCUAAAAGAAAGUUGGGCACUCACAAGAGGGCAAAAAAGAAGAGAGAGGAGAUGUCUAGUGUCCUCCGCAAGAUGAGGGCUGCUGGAGGUGGUGAAAAGAAGAAGUGA